GGCGGAGGGAGGGGACACGGGGGUGGCCCGGUGGAUGGGCGUGGCGGGAGGCUCGGCCGGGCCAGCGGAACGGGCCGGGGCGGCGGGCGCAGCCAUGUCCUUCUGCUCCUUCCUGGGGGGAGAGGUGUUCAAGGACCACUUCCAGCCGGGGAUUUACGUGUGUGCCAAGUGUGGCCAUGAGCUGUUCUCCAGCCGGGCCAAGUACGAGCAUUCGUCGCCGUGGCCGGCCUUCACCGAGACCCUGCGCGGGGACAGCGUGGCCAAACGUGAGGAGCGCCCGGGGGCAUUGAAGGUGACCUGUGGCAAGUGUGGCAACGGGCUGGGCCACGAGUUCCUCAACGACGGCCCCAAGAAGGGCCAGUCCCGCUUCUGAAUAUUCAGCAGCUCGCUGAAGUUCGUCCCGAAAGGUAAAGCUGACAGCGACCUGAAGGAGAAGUAAGCGAGCUGCUGUACCUGGCACUGCCCUGGGCUGAUCCUGCCUUCACUCCUUGGGAUGCACUGUCCUGCCAAGGGGCUCCACAGCAGGAGGAAACCCAAGGAAGCUCCUGGUUCGAGUUUUCCCCUGAUUUCCUGGUCACAGUUUCAUUCCCUGAUUUCCCUGUCAGGGUUUCAUUCCCUGAUUUCCCCGUCAUGGUUUCCCCCUGAUUUCCCUGUCACAGUUUCAUUCCCUGAUUCCCUGUCAGGGUUUCAUUCCCUGA